AACUAUAUACAAAAGGGAAAAGAAGCAUAGGAAAAAAGAGUUAAGGGUGUGCAGUGAGCAUGAGAGUGAAGGUUUUGAGAAGAUUGUUUUAGUUUUUCUGAGUUUAGGAACCAUUGAAAGAUAGAGAACAAAGAAGGCUGCAAGAGAAUCAAAGACCUAAACAUGGUAAAACUUAGGAAGUAAUGAUGUUCAUAGAUUCACCUUUAUUUUUCUUACUUUAUUUAACCUCUCUUCAAAGUACUAUUCAAACCCCCACUGUCACAAUCUACACACACCUCCUAAGAUAAGCAACCUACCCUUCCAUAAAAAAACAAAAAAAUCACCAUUCUAUAAUUUUUCUACUCUUUCUAGCUACCUGCAUAAAGUAGUGUGAGAGUUGAAAAAAGGGGUGUGAAGUGUGAAAUGUGAAGUGAAAAGAGUGGUUUUUCUAUAUUAAAAAAAAAAGGGUAAAAGUUAGGUAUUUGUUUAGCUUAAUACUUGCAUGGAAUAUGCAAAGUUUGAAUAUGUUGAAAAACAUCACUAUUAUUGGUUUAUAGUUUGAAAUACUACCUUUCAUAGGGUCAUAGCUAGAGAAAAAGAAAGUUUGUGUGUGCGUGUGUCAAUCAUAUAUAUCUACAAUCAUACAAGUGGUGCUUUUAUUGAGAUUUAGUUUUUUCUUUUGUUCAUGGAGAGGAAGAGAAAAACCACUAAGCUCAUGAACAAAAUACAUCUUUCUUAUAGUUUCUACUUUUUUAUGCUCUCAAUGAUGUUCACCAAUACUUCUACUGCUUCAACCAUUAAAUGUCUAGAUACUAGGUGUACCAUAUUUUUCAAAUCUGAAAUAGAUUUACAGCAAAUUAACGUGAAAACUAGACAAGACAUGGAGUCUCAAGAAAAAUCAAAGGUCUCCGUAGAUUGGCCAAGAAGGUUUCUAGGUGGACCCGGGUCAUUUCCGCCGCGAUGCAAUGCCAAGUGUGGCAAAUGUAUACCUUGCAAACCGGUCCAUGUGACGGUGCCACCGGGAACACCGGUGACAGCCGAGUACUAUCCUGAGGCAUGGAGAUGCAAGUGUGGCAACAAGUAUUACAUGCCAUGAUUAAUGAAUAUUUAAUUUUCUCUCUGUUUGAUAUAUUUGAUCACUUCAUCUUAGUAACUAUAUGAAGACUCUUAUCCAGUUGAGAUGAGUUGUUUUAGUUUUAGUUUGUGUGGUAGAUAUUGAAUAUGAAAACAUAGUACAGAACUUGAUUUGACAUAUAUAAAACAACCUCGAUUAGACCUAUUAAUGUAAACAUACAUGGAUGUUAUUAUUAGAUGCAAAAUUAUAUCGUUUCAUCAUUUGGCAAUCUAUGAAGACAAGUUCAUUCAA